AUGGCGCCCAGCAAGCUGACCACGUGCGAGAAGCCAGACACAAGCUCUUCUCCAGGGAAGGAUAGCAAAGUCGUGAAGAGACCUGCACGUGGAUAUCACAAGUUCCGUAGCGGCAUUCUCAACGUUGCUCCCAAAGGAGGGGAGAAGGCAUUGGUGACAGCAAACCAAGACGCACCGCUGCUACGUCUGCCUGCCGAAAUACGCGACCGUAUUUGGAAGUAUGCUCUUGGAGGCAAAGCCUUCAAGGCAAGACGCUCCUACUUCGGAGCGAGCGCCCGAUUCGCACCUUCGGAUUCAGAAUCCAGCAAUGAUGUAGCUCUUCUUCGUAGCUGCCGACAAAUCUACUCCGAGACCGCCAUAUAUCCCUCACGACUUGGCAUGUUUGCCUGCACAAAUUCCCGGGACCUGAAGCGGUCCGCCAAAAAACUCAAAGCCUAUCACCGUAAGCAGGUCAUGCGCCUUCGUUUGAUGUGCAGAAAUGUCCGCGAUGGUCUGCUCUAUUUCGAUUUCACCUCACGUUACAAGAUUGUUCUCAAGGAGGUCUUCCCGGCACUCAGUCACAUCGAAGUCCUCAUCCAUGAAGUCUCUGAUCAGAAGGAUGAUGAUUUCCGAAAAGCUGCGGAUUUGGUUCGCGCAAAACUUGUCGAAGAGGUUGAAGAUUCUGGAUAUGCUAUAACGGUAGAAGGAACGGCUGAAAAGAUGAAGUCAUACAUCGAGUCCCAGACCGCGGUGACUUUACCGGUAUCUUUGCCGCUCUAG